GCCAUCAACAACGACCGGCGACCCACGACAACAACCCGCUCACGUCUCCACCCGCGCCCACCGCCGUCCCUCCCGGACUCCAGGACUACUAACCCACAGCAGCAGCGGAUCACUCGACUAACCGGCAGCGCAUCUCAUCGUUGCGGCGAGCAUCUCUCGGCGGAAUAUCGACAAUAGCCGCAUAAUUUAACUUGCCAGUACCGCAACCCCCGGACUGAAACGUCGCAGGCAGGACCGAUCCUCGAGGCUCGCCACGCAACUUCCUGCGCCCAACGCCCGCCAGCACUAAGAUACGGACAAGAAUAUUGCGAAAAAGUGUGAGGGGAUAAGACGAGGUCUUUAUUUAUACGGAAAACAACAACAACAGUAUCAACAAACCCCGCACCAGUCCCGCGCUCCGUCUUCCCCUGAUUCCCCGCUGGAAAGGCUCCGUCACGAUUCCCUUGCGCUGCCAUGACGGCCGAUGAUGCGCCCUCUUCGCCUCCGAGCAGCGGCUGGGGAAGCAUGAAGGAGGAGUUGGAGUACUACAAGACACAGUACGAGACUCUGGAGGCGGAGCUGCAGGAGUUCCAGGCUUCGAGCAGGGAGCUGGAAGCGGAGCUGGAGAAGGACGUUGAGGAGAGCGAGAAGCGGGAGAGACGGCUGCAGGAGAAGGUGGAGGCUUUGGGGUUUGAGGUGGAAGAGUGGAAGACCAAGUACAAGCAGAGUAAGACUGAGGCGAACAAUGCGCAAAACACGCUGCAGAAGGAGAUUACUGCCCUUCGCGAGGCGCAGCGAUCCCUGCAGCUCAAGCUCCGGGAUAUCGAGGUGCAGAAUGACGACUUUGAGCGUCAAGCGCGCAAUACCACGUCGUCGCUCGAGGACCUGGAGUCGAAGUACAACGUCGCUAUUGAGCGGUCUGUUUUGUUGGAAGAGGAGAUCAAGAUUGGCGAGCAGGAGCGCGAGGCUCUUCGGAUAGAAAACCAACGGCUCAGAGACGAACUCUCCGACCUGAGGAUAGAGGCGGAGAUCGUACAGGAGAAGCUUCGCAUUGCAGAGGAGACCAUCGAGCAACAUCACCAGCGCAAGACGUCUCAGCUGGUUGCAGACGGCUCGCUACGGCCUCGUUCACCUGUCUCGGAUACAGCAACUUCGGCAACUACGCUAUCGUCGCCAACGACUGCGUCAACACCGCCGCAUUCGAAGCCUGAUAUGCUGCCAGUCGAUUCGACACCACCUUCUCCGCCACUAUCGGAAACAUCCAACGCGAGGCCUGUACCUGCCACACCCAUGCCCCUCCGGAAGGGCUCGAUUGCCUAUGAUCCCAGUUCAACGCCCAAACCUGGCCUCUAUCAGACCCAAUCUCGCACAGGCGCUACGCGGCAUUCUCGGAAGCCAAGUCUACCCAUGUCGGCAAAGGGCAGCAGUCUUGGACGCACGACCCCGUCGAUUCGUACAACAGCGCCAGCUCCACGCGGAUCUAGGCCAAGUGGAGCGGGUGGUGCAGCUACCUCAGGGAACCUUCCUAGGUCCGGUUCUCUGUACCAGAUCCGCGGUCUGAUUGGUAAGAUGCAGAAGUUGGAAGAGCGCGUCCAUUCCGCGAGGUCCAAGUUACCUGCUCCAGCACGCACGCCGCCCCGAGCGAGCCCGCGCAUUGGAAGCGCCCUGGGCUCUGCGAUCCCAAGUACGGUGACGGUCAGGAGCACGAGGAAGCGGGCGUCUGGGUCUACGGCAUCGUCGGUUACGGGACAUGAUACUGGUGUUAGUCGACUCUCGUUUGGCGUCUCGGGGCAAAGGCAACCUAGUAGUAGUCGGCCCAGCAGUCGCGCGUCCAUGACAUCGCAACCGGCAGCGCUACAGCAGAGACCGGGAAGUAGGAGCAGCACAAGAACGCCUCUGGGACACUACUCGAGCUCCUCCAUCAGCGGAGUCGAAGGGCGAAUACCGCGUCCACGGAGCUCCAUGAGCGGACAUUCACAUUCGCAAUCGCUUUCCAUGUCGACGACGUCGCGGGACACGGCGGAUCCGGAGACUCUGAGUGAUGCGGGAGGCCUCUCAACGCCCGUGGCGGGACGCCGCAUGAGUCUGUCGAAGACGGGGAUCCCGACGCCGGGUGGGAUGGCCAGAAGGCAGAGUGCGGGUCGCAGGGCGAGUGCGGGUCUGGAGGGGGAGAUGGGCCCGCCGCCGGCGAGGCCGAGGAAGAUGAGCGAGAUUGGGGAGACGUAUUAGGAUGGGAGUGAGAGUGGUAGUGAGAAAGAGAGAAACGAUACCUAUACAUACAUACGUACGUACAUGUGAUACCAUAUUUUGGGCAUGGGGGUGCUUUGGAGUUGGGAGUGAGAUGGAUGGGGGUGAGCAAGGGCAGGGAUCUUCUCUUCUUCUAUGGGAUAGAAGGGAAGGGGCAUUCCUCCAGGGACCGUUCGGGGAUGCGGUCGGGCGGUCACUCUCGGUCAUUCGCUGUGCAUACUUGGCAUAUCCUUUUUUCCUUUGUACAUGUGGGUUUGGAGGGUGAGAGGAAGGGGAAGAUGGUUAAGAGGGCGGAGUAAUGAGUAAAUGCAUCGAUGCGAUAUAUGCUACGUGCCAGUGUGUGAGACGAACUCAAUGUUCGAGUACCG